AUGGCAUGCGAUGGAUCGUGGAGGGAAGCUUCCUCAUCAGAGGUAGAGCAUAUAGUACUUGAUGACUCAGUCGAUACCCUGGAGGACGGUGAUGACUUCGAUCCCGAUUAUACUCCCACUGAGCGCCCGUCAGAGCUAUCCCUUUCACCAGACUACACACCCGCUGGGCUAGAGCUCCUUAGUUCUGAGUACGAGCCCGACGUGGAUGAGGAGGACACUACCACCUCAUCGGAUACCUCACCACCCCGCCGUACUCCUUCCCAUCGAUCUUAUAGGACACCCAUGGGUACUCGGGUGAAGCAGAGCCUAAGGAAGAUUGAUGCUACCCCCUCACGGAAGUGGGCGGCGUCACCACCAUCAUCACCAUCGAAAACAAAGAAAUCCCGCCGAGACACCGUCUGGAUGCCCCAGAUACAAGCAUGGGCGCAUGAGGAGGCUAUUGGCUGA